AUGGUUCUCUCUUUCAACGCGGAGACCCUGAAUGGGCUCUGUUCUAAGGACCAACUCGAGCUGUUGGAUUCCAUCGACCAUUUACGUCUUCAAGGGAUUGACCACUACAUAUCCCUGCCGCAGAUAAUUGUCUGUGGUGAUCAAUCCUCCGGCAAGAGUUCUGUGUUGGAAGCUAUCUCGGGAGUGCCUUUCCCAGUCAAGAGCAAUCUUUGUACCUGCUUCCCUACAGAGCUUGUUCUUCGACGAGCUCCCGAAACUGGGGUAACUGUUUCCAUCAUCUCCGAUAAUCCUCCCAAACGCUCGAUGCGGAAUGGCCUUCACACAUUCCAUGAAGAACUUGACGGCUUUGAGGGCUUCCCGGAUCUGGUUGAAAAGGCUAAAGUUUCCAUGGGAAUUUCGACUUCGGGGAAUGCCUUCUCUAAAGACCGGCUCAGAGUUGAGAUCACAGGCCCAGAUCGUCCUCACCUCACGAUUAUCGACAUGCCGGGUCUAAUUCACUCAGGAACGAAAUCACAGAGCGAAGCUGAUGUCGAACUGGUCCGACAAGUCGUCGAAAACUACAUGAAACAACCUAGAAGCAUUAUUCUAGCAGUUGUCUCCGCGAAGAAUGAUUUUGCUAACCAGGUAAUAUUAAACUUGGCUCAAAAGGUUGACAGAACAGGUAGUCGUACCAUAGGAGUCAUCACGAAGCCGGACACUUUGGUGCCUGGUUCUGGUAGCGAGUCUACCUAUGUUGCACUUGCUAAGAACACCGAAGUAAAUUUUGACCUUGGUUGGCAUGUGCUCAAGAAUCUCGACUCGGAAACGCAGAAAGGGUCCUCUCUCUUGAGCCAGCGCAAUGCAGAUGAGGCCCGGUUCUUUUCUAAAGGUGUUUGGAAGGACCUCCCCUCAUCGAUGUUGGGGAUUAACGAGCUUAGAAAGAAACUUAGCAAUAUUUUACUUCGUCAAAUUGCUCUUGAACUGCCAAGUCUGAUCCACGAAAUUGAACUUAAGCUAAAGGAGUCCCGCGACCAACUCGAGGAUCUCGGAGAACCGCGACGUACCCUCGACGAACAGAGACUUCGACUCUUACAGAUCAGUCAAGAUUUCCAGUCAAUCGUUGAACGAUCUAUUAGCGGAACAUAUAAUGACGCAUUCUUUGAUGACGCUGAGACAUCUCGAGGGUAUCUCCAACGGAUCCGUGCCGUCGUGCAGGGCUUGAAUAGAGAGUUCGCAGAGGAGCUUACCAAACGCGGCCACAAACGCGAGGUUUCGGAUAUGAAGACUUCGAAUUCCCAGGGCCCAGAGUAUAUCACUAAGGAUAAGCUUCUCAAGCACAUUCAGACUGUGAUGCAAAGGACUCGUGGUCGGGAGCUUCCCGGAAUCUUUAGCCCCAUGGUUGUGUCCGACUUAUUCCACCAACAAUCGUCUCCAUGGGAAAAGAUUGCGCAGGAUCACGUUGAGAAGUCUUGGAAGGCCGUGGAGACAUUCAUCGAACAUGUCGUGCUCUAUGUUGCGGAUACGCAGAUUGGCAGGUCUCUACUUGACCAAGUGUGCCACUCUGCUCUCAAUGAUCUUCUUGUAGAGGCCAAAACUAAGACUACCGAGUUACUUAAUUCGCACCGGCGACUUCACCCCAUCACCUACAACAAGGAAUAUGCGGAGAGUAUCCAGAGGAUUGGUAAAUCUCAAAGGGAUGAGUUCUCGCGAAUCCUACGAGAAUUCUUUGGGGUGUCGUCUCUCGAUGGGUCGGUGUAUCUGGACCGGUACAACAACAAUUACAACCUCAACACGCUUCUUGAUAAGCUGGUUAAGACAGAGCCCGACGUUGAAGGUCUUGCAGCCUCUGAGGCUCUCGAUCGCAUGAACGCUUAUUACAACAUUGCCUUGAAGCGAUUUAUCGACAGCAUCGCCACCGAAGUCAUCGAGCAGAAACUUCUCGGUGCUCUUUCUAACAUCCUUUCUCCCGUAGCAGUCUUCAGCAUGUCGCCGGACCUAGUAGAGCGCAUCGCUGGCGAGUCCCGAGAAAGUCGGGUGAUGCGAGAGGAGCUCACUAAGAAGAUCAAUGUCCUCCAGGAAGGAUCAGAUACUUGCAAGCGUUUCGUCGAUUCGAAACUAAGCGGUAGGGUUGCAUCCUCCUGA